AAAUGAAAUCUUCCCUUUUCACUCACUGCCCAUCAGACACUGAGCAUAAUAUGUAAAAAAUUCAUCGGUUACGUAUUUCAGGCGCUGCUCUAUAUGCCGGGUUAUACGUGUGGAUAAAACAGACAAAGAAACUGCUGCAGAAGGAAAUGGGAAAGCGGAGGGAAAGAAAAUGAGAAAGGUGUUUGUCUGUAUGUACGGCUGUUUCUGUGAAUACAUGUGGCUGAUAUGAAGAUGAUGGUCCUGAGGGGAGCCCAGGGAGGAGAAGCUUGGAGCCUUUCCAUUGUUCUUCUGUGAGAGAGUUGCAGAAGUUUUCAGUUCUUUGGCCGCAAAGAAAAGAGGACGCGGAAGACGAUGUGGAGGCUCUGCAAGUUCUUGCUGUUCAUGGUGAGCUUGGGAGUGGGAGGAGUGUCUGGUGCUGAUCGGUAUAACCGGCAUGACUUCCCUUCUGGGUUUGUAUUUGGGGCAGGAACCUCUGCUUAUCAGGUCGAAGGUGCAGCGAAAGAAGAUGGAAGGACUCUGAGUAUAUUCGACACUUAUGCCCAUUCGGGGAUUACUCGUGGAGCAAAUGGAGAUGUUGCGUGCGAUCAGUAUCACCAAUAUAAGGAAGAUGUCCAACUCAUGGCGGAUACGGGAUUAGAAGCAUACAGAUUUUCAAUCUCGUGGUCGAGACUAAUCCCGAACGGGCGGGGACCUAUCAACCCAAGAGGCUUGCAGUACUACAACAACCUCAUCAAUGAGCUAAUCAGCCAUGGGAUUGAACCUCAUGUGACAUUACACCACUUCGAUCUCCCACAGGCACUGGAGGAUGAAUAUGGAGGAUGGACAAGUCGAAAGAUCAAGAGGGACUUCGCGGCAUACGCAGAUGUCUGCUUCAGAGAGUUCGGGAACAGGGUUCGGCAUUGGACGACUUUCAAUGAGGCGAACAUAUUUGUGCUAAUGGGCUAUGAUUACGGCUUUUUACCACCCCAGCGGUGUUCGCCCCCGUUUGGGGUCUUUAACUGCCAAAGGGGAAACUCCUCGACCGAACCAUACUUGGCUGCUCAUAACAUCCUGCUAGCUCAUGCUUCAGCUUCAAGGUUGUACCGGACAAAAUACCAGAACACACAAAAGGGAUAUAUAGGAUUCAACCUUUUGGCUUUCUAUUUCACUCCUUUAACCAACACGACUGAAGACAUCGUUGCUACACAAAGGGCGAACGAUUUCUAUCUUGGAUGGUUUGCGGAUCCUCUCAUGUACGGGGACUAUCCUGAGAUAAUGAAGAAGAAUGUUGGAUCGAGACUCCCUUCCUUCAAUCGUAUCGAGUCAAGAUUGGUCAAAGGCUCGACUGAUUUUUUAGCGGUAAACUUCUAUUUUGCGGCGAAAGUGAAGGACAGUCCCUGGAGUCUGGACAUCCAACUGAGGGACUAUAACGCAGACAUAGCGGUCAAACUGGAUUUUUCACUGAAGAAUGUAACACAGUUUGAGUAUCCGGUUACUCCGUGGGCCUUACAAGGUGUGCUGGAAUAUUUCAAGCAGAAGUACGGGAACCCGCCUAUGUACAUCCAUGAGAGUGGUCAGCGAAUGCAGAGGAACUCAACAUUGGAGGAUCUGCCUAGGGUGACAUGCCUGCAAGAAUACAUCGGUGCUGUCCUUGACAGUCUUAGGAAUGGUUCGGACACAAAAGGCUACUUUACCUGGUCCUUCCUAGAUGUUUUUGAGGUAUUGGAUGGAUAUGACUCAGGUUAUGGUUUGUAUUACGUGGAUCUCGAUGACCCUGAUCGGACGAGAUACCCAAAGCUCUCGGCCAAAUGGUACUCCCACUUCCUGAAAGGGGGAAGUGUAGGCCCAGACUCAGGCAGCAUCAUCGACAUAACCCGGGAAUAUUUAACUUCUGUCUCUCCCAAUGAGGCACUGAUCGAGUGAAUUCUCUUUCUUCAGUUCGAUCGCAUUUACGGUUGCAUAUCAUUCCUAGCAACAGAUUUAAGACUGUAUUUUGGUUUGUAGUUCAAAAAUGAUUAAUCUUGGAAGUACUCUUUUCUUCUAUAUGAUCAAUUAUCGAUUAACUGAUCAA